AUGGCUGGGAACACCAUUACGGUGGCUGCGGAGACCAUCACGGCGGCUGCGCAGACUAUCACGGUGGCUGCGGAGACCAUCACGGUGGCUGCGGAGACCAUCACGGUGACUGCGGAGACCAUCACCAUGGCUGCGGAGACCAUCACGGUGGCUGCGGAGACCAUCACGGUGGCUGCGGAGACCAUCACGGUGGCUGCGGAGACCAUCACGGUGGCUGUGGAGACCAUCACGGUGGCUGCGAACACCAUCACGGUGGCUGGGGAGACCAUCACGAUGGCUGCGGAGACCAUCACGGUGGCUGCAGAGACCAUCACGGUGGCUGCGGAGACCUUCACGGUGGCUGCGGAGACCAUCACAGUGGCUGCGGAGACCAUCACGGUGACUGCGGAGACCAUCACCAUGGCUGUGGAGACCAUCACGGUGGCUGCAGAGACCAUCACGGUGGCUGCGGAGACCAUCACGGUGGCUGCGGAGACCAUCACGGUGGCUGCGGAGACCAUCACGGUGGCUGCGGAGACCAUCACGGUGGCUGCGGAGACCAUCACGGUGGCUGCGGAGACCAUCACGGUGGCUGCGGAGACCAUCACGGUGGCUGCGGAGACCAUCACGGUGGCUGCGGAGACCAUCACGGUGGCUGCGGAGACCAUCACGGUGGCUGCGGAGACCAUCACGGUGGCUGCGGAGACCACCGUGGCUGCGGAGACCAUUACCGUAGCUGCGGAGACCAUCACCAUGCCUGCGGAGACCAUCACGGUGGCUGCGGAGACCAUCACGGUGGCUGCGGAGAACAUCACGGUGGCUGCGGAGAACAUCACGGUGGCUGUGGAGACCAUCACGGUGGCUGCGGAGACCAUCACAGUGGCUGCGGAGACCACGGUGGCUGCGGAGACCAUCACAGUGGCUGCGGAGACCAUCACGGUGGCUGCGGAGACCAUCACGGUGGCUGCGAAGACCAUCACGGUGGCUGCGGAGACCAUCACGGUGGCUGCGGAGACCAUCACGGUGGCUGCGGAGACCAUCACAGUGGCUGCGGAGAACAUCACGGUGGCUGCGGAGACCAUCACGGUGGCUGCGAAGACCAUCACGGUGGCUGCGGAGACCAUCACGGUGGCUGCGGAGACCAUCACGGUGGCUGCGGAGACCAUCACGGUGGCUGUGGAGACCAUCACGGUGGCUGCGGAGACCAUCACGGUGGCUGUGGAGACCAUCACAGUGGCUGCGGAGACCAUCACGGUGGCUGCGGAGACCAUCACGGUGGCUGCGGAGACCAUCACGGUGGCUGCGGAGACCAUCACGGUGGCUGCGGAGACCAUCACGGUGACUGCAGAGACCAUUACCGUGGCUGCGGAGACCAUCACGGUGGCUGCGGAGACCAUCACGGUAGUCGGGGAACCAACAACACGCCACCUGGGGGCAAGAGCCACAAGCUCGACGGGAAGCAAAUUACCAC